AUGACCUAUCAAAAAAGGCUGCAGUUUGUCAGUAUUUUUGGGGCAGGCCUGCUCUGUGGUACUGCUCUAGCUAUCAUCCUCCCAGAGGGGGUGGAACUACUGGAAGAGUCAUGGAGAGUCUCCUGCUCUGUGGCCCCAGCCAAUAAGAAUGACAGUGACGGUGGGGUCGGAGGUCAGCUCCAGGAGAUGGGCUCCUCCUCUAAAGGUCUCCCAGCACGGUUCUUCAUCGGGGUCUCCCUGGUUCUAGGGUUCAUCCUCAUGUUCCUGGUGGAUCAGAUCAGUAGCUACUGCUCCAUACAUGAUCAACGUACUGGAACAUCCAACACGACCACUAUCACAGCUACAGUAGGACUGGUGAUCCAUGCUGCUGCUGACGGUGUAGUUUUAGGUGUUGCCGCGGUUUCCUCCAAGGUCACAGUUCAACUGGUGGUCUUUCUAGCUGUCAUUCUGCACAAGGCUCCUGCAGCAUUUGGCCUUGCCACCUUUCUGUUGCGCGCAGGUUUAGAGAAGAGGCAGAUUCAGAAGCAUCUAUUGGUGUUCUCUGCUGCAGCACCUGUACUCUCCAUCAUUACAUAUUUUAUCCUGAACGCGAGUGGAGGUUCAGCCCAGCGUCGUCUGAGCGCUACAGGUGUUGGGAUGCUGUUCUCAGCCGGAACGUUCCUCUAUGUAGCUACGGUUCAUGUACUACCAGAGGUCAGCUCCAGGGGGCAGCAGCAGAGCUUUGUAAAUGUAAUCUCUGGGACCGGUCACCUCCACGGGACUGGGACUGGGCACCUCCACGGGACUGGGACUGGGCACCUCCAUGGGACUGGGACUGGGACCGGGCACCUCCACGGGACUGGGACUGGGCAGCAGCAGAGCUCUCCCCACCUCCACGGGACUGGGACUGGGCACCAGCAGAGCUCUCCCCACCUUCACGGGACUGGGACUGGGCACCUCCAUGGGACUGGGACUGGGCACCAGCAGAGCUCUCCCCACCUCCACGGGACUGGGACUGGGCAGCAGCAGAGCUCUCCCCACCUCCACGGGACUGGAACUGGGCACCUCCACGGGACUGGGACUGGGACUUGGCAGCAGCAGAGCUCUCCCCACCUCCACGGGACUGGGACUGGGCAGCAGGGGGACCUGGGGGUCCUGGAGAGCCUCACGCUGAUACUAGGAGCAGGACUACCUGUGUUACUGGCCCUGGGACUACAUGAUGACUAGUCUUGUGAAUCGACACUAUCCUGCCAAGUCUCCUUCGUCACUCAAAGGAACAUUGGGAAUGAAUGUGAAGGAAGCCUGAAAAUCGAGACUACACUACGACUGACAAGUUAACGCAAAGAAAGACACCACAUGAUACCAAGCACACAUUCUUACAUAGAGAUCAUUGAGGGUGUUUCCGUGCCAGAUGCAGUGUGUAUCAGUGUCUUUCUCUGAAAGGUCAAGGAGUUACUGAUACUGUUACUGACAUGGGUUUGAACAUACAACAAGUAGGAACAGAGUGUGUGUGU